AUGACGGUAGAAACUAGUAAUUUAAAAAUCAAAAACUGGGAUGCUAUAAAAAAUCCAUUAUAUCCUGCUGAGGGUGCCGGUAACCAAACUUUUAGAUUUUAUAAUCUUCUUGGUGUAAUUUUAGGAGUUCCACUCUUCCUUAUUAUCUUCUAUCGAUUGAGUCUAUGGGUUUACCCUUUUCUAUUACUCCCACUUGGCUUGAUUAUUUUCGCUGGUUAUUUUCUUCGAUCUUCCAAGUAUGACUCCCCGUUUAAUAACAAGGUUCAACUUCCGGGCAAAAGACUUGAAGAAUAUAUUAGUAUAAAAGAUUCAUCAUUAGCUGCCUAUUCUGGUCGUAAUAAGAUUCCAAUGGAGAUCUUUUUUGAGAGUUAUUUUGAUGGAAAAAUUGAUCUUUGUGGCGAUGCUCUUGAAAUUUUUGAAGCUCGUCAUGAUUGGGCUUCAUUUGAAUUUACCAUGGGUCAAUUGAAAUAUUUUUUGACUCAAUGGAUACCUGAAACUUUGGUACAUUCUAAAAAACAAGACGAAGACCAAGUUAGAGAUCAUUAUGAUCGUGGUGAUGAUUUCUAUGCAGCAUUUUUAGGGCCCAGAAUGAUUUACACAUCUGGUAUUAUUUCAGAUAAUAAUAAACGUGAGACACUUGAAGAAAUUCAAGAUAAUAAAUUAAAACUUGUUUGUGAAAGGAUGCGUAUGAAAGCAGGUGAACGACAUUUGGAUAUUGGAUGUGGAUGGGGAACACUUGUAGCGUAUGCCGCCAAAAAUUAUGGUGUAAAUUCUACUGGUAUUACUCUUGGUCGUAACCAAACAGAAUUUGGUAACAAUCGAAUUAAAGAAUACGGUGUCAACGAACAACAGGCUCGUAUAGUUUGUAUGGAUUACCGUGAUAUACCUAAACGCCCGAGGUAUCACAAGAUUACUUGCCUUGAAAUGGCCGAACACGUUGGUGUUAAACUUUUCACAACCUUUCUAGAACAAGUUAGAGAUAUGCUUGAAGACGAUGGUUUAUUCUUCUUGCAAAUUGCUGGAUUACGGCGCACAUGGCAGUAUGAAGAUUUCAUAUGGGGAUUGUUUAUGGCCAAAUAUAUUUUUCCUGGUGCUGAUGCUUCUUGCCCUUUAGGAUGGGUGAUUGAUAAAUUGGAAGUUUCAGGAUUUGAAAUUUAUAGCGUUGAUACAAUUGGUGUACAUUAUUCAGGUACAAUUUGGCGCUGGUACCAAAAUUGGCUUAAAAAUAAGGACACAAUUACCGAAAAAUAUGGAAAGAGAUGGUAUCGGUAA